AUGCCGACAUACGUCUCUACCCGGAAUCUGGUGUCACAAUAUCACGGACUGUCUAUGAAUGCUACAAGCAAGGUUUGCAAUUGCGAAGAAAACAGAGGUGGCAAUUGCGAGGCCUUUAUCGCAAAUGCGAAGAAGGCCUGGGUCGGCUUAGUUCGCAAAUGCGAAAAAAACUUCGCAAUUGCGAAGAGAGUCUGGGCAGGGGGUAAUCACAUAUGCGAUCUUUAUGCCGCAAUUGCGGAGGUCGGUGUUCGCAAUUGCGAAGGCAGCAGAGGUGUGAUGAGACCUCUCCUUAUGGCUCUCUCGAACCCAACUGCACAAUCCGAAUGUACUGCUGAAGAAGCUUAUACUUGGAGUGAAGUAAGGUCGUGCUAUUUUGCAAGUGGAAGUCCACUCCCUCCUAUGGAAUACAAUAACAAACUCUACAUUUCCGGCCAGGCAAACAACUGUUCCAUAUUUCCAGGAUUUGGUUUUGGCUUGGUGAUGUCUGGUGCAAUCCGUGUGCACAAUGACACAAUUUUAGCAGCUUCCGAAGCGUUGGCUGCUCAAGUAACUGAGGAGCACUUUGCCAAAGGGAUGAUUUACCCUCCUUUUGGUAAUAUCAGAAAGAUCUCAGCUUAUAUUAUUGCUGCUAGUGUAGCUGCUAAAACAUAUGAACUCGGUGUGGCAAUACGUAUUUCCCAACAUGCAGAUUCGGUUACGUACGCUGAGAGUUGCAUGUAUACUCCUAAUUGCCGGAAGUUAUUUAUGAUUAAAGCUUUCUCAUGCCAUAAUUUGCUUAAUGCAUGGUGGCCAGAAUUGUCUGAUAUCUAUGCUGAUCGAAGGUAA